UUCCAAACGUGCUUUUGUUUACUUGAAAGAAAUCCGGAAAUUUCAUCAUAAUUUUUGGGAAUUUCACACCGGAAAUGUUAUUUUUCUGUCCGACGUGUGGAAAUUUGCUGCUAAUUGAGGAAGACACAACCGGAGGAAAUCGCUUUUCGUGCAACACUUGUCCGUACAUUUGUCGCAUCACCAAAAAAAUUUCUUAUCGUACUUAUCCGAAACUCAAAGAAGUUGAUCAUGUUAUGGGCGGCAAAGCUGCUUGGGAGAACGUAGAUUCCACAGAUGCUGAAUGCCCAAAGUGUUCCCAUAAACGCGCCUACUUCAUGCAAAUGCAAACGCGUUCCGCCGACGAACCAAUGACAACUUUUUAUCGCUGCUGCAACGAAAUUUGUGCUCACAAUUGGCGCGAUUAA